GAGGCAGAUUGCCCCACGAGUUUUGCAGUGUUUGCGUUAUUUCAAGUGCUUUGGGCACAGAUUUUACCUUUUAGUUUUUCGUUUUAAGGCACUGAAAGGGAGUAGAACUGUAGCUGAGAGUACAAAAAAGUAUAAUAACAAGACAUGGCCGGCAGAGGUGGUCGAGGGGCUGCUCUUUUGCAGGCUCUUGAAAAACCAAACAGGCCACCUGGACAGGCUGCACAUAAUGGCCAGGGAGGAAGACCACAGGCACCAUACCAUCAGAAUCCAUAUCAAAAACAAAGCCACAGUUAUCCUGGCCAGCCAGGGCAGCCAUACCAAGCACAGGGUCAGUCACCAUACCAACAGAACCAGCCUCCAUACAACACACCACCACAACAGCCUUACCAGGGGCAGCGACAGCCCCAAUACCAGCCACAAGGGCAGGCCUCAAAUCAGCAGCCUCCUCAACAAGGACAGAGACCAUACCAACCAUCCUACCAAGGGCAACCACCUCAACAGAAGCAACAAUACCAGGGGCAAACUCCUUAUCAGCAGCAGCCACCUCUGCAGAGAGGGCCCUACCUACCCCAACAGUACCAGCAACCACCAGGUGGUCGAGGAGCUCCACAACAGCCCUAUCAACAACAGCCUUCACAGGGAGGAAGAGGUCAACUGCAGCAGCCUUAUGCACAGUCUCCCUACCAACAGCCACCUCAGCAACAACAACAAUCUAGGGGGCCCUAUCAGCAAACAGCUCAGCACCCCAAUCAGCAAGGAGGUAGAGGUCAAGCCCCACCUCCAAGUUAUGGAAGAGGGGGUCCAACUACAACGGUGCAGCAGCAGCCUCCCCCUACAGGAGAAACUCCUGCACAUGUGGGAGGAGCCCCAAGUUAUGGCAGACAGUCCCCGGCUGGUUCAUCUCAAGGGAGUGUACGAUCACAGCCAUCACCAACAUCCUCUCAACAGCCAGAACCCCAGGCUCCCACCCAGCAAAUGUCAAGGAUGAAUAUCAGGGGUUCUCCACCAAUAGCUCAAACACAAACUGCCGAGAAGGGAAGUGCAGGGAAAGUAAUCCCACUCAGCUGUAAUUAUAUCCGCAUCCACUGCCCUGAGCAGGCUGUAUUCCAGUACUGUGUCAGCUAUAGCCCUGAGAUUGACAACAGAAGUGAAAGGUUCCAUCUAUUGCAGCAACACCCAGAGUUCAGGGGCCCACAGAAAGCUUUUGACAGCACCAUGCUUUUUCUACCACGAAGACUACCCCAGCCGGUGACUCAACUGCAGUCAACACGAAGAAGUGAUGGCAGCCCAGUUACUGUGACAAUUACAUUUACACGUGUUGUACCUCCAGAUGAUGCUAUAUUCCAAGUAUACAAUAUUUUAUUCAGAAGAGUGAUGAAAAUACUUGAUAUGCAGCAAGUUGGGCGGUACUUCUACAACCCUAAAACACCUGCACACAUCCCUCAACACAACCUGGUCCUAUGGCCAGGUUAUAUUACAUCUCUGCAGCAUUACGAGGGUGGUCUGAUGCUGCUGUGCGAUGUGCACCACAGACUGCUUAGAACAGACUCCUGCCUUGAUUAUAUGCUCAACAUGCACAGUAAGGUUGGGGAUAGAUUCAGAGAUGAGGUUUCCAAGGAGCUAAUUGGCAGUGUGGUUCUUACAACUUACAACAACAAGACAUACAGAGUUGAUGACAUAGAUUGGAAUAAGAGACCCACCAGCACCUUCACCUUCCACAACGGGGAACAGAUGACCUUCGUAGAAUACUACAAAAAAAGCUAUGAAAUUGAGAUCAGAGACUUAGACCAACCAAUGAUUGUCAACCGGCCAAAGAAGACUGAGCAAAAGAGGGGAGGGCGACCUCAAGUAGAGGUUAUCCUACUCAUCCCAGAGCUCUGUAAACUGACUGGACUCAAUGAUGCUAUGAGGAAAGACUUCAGGGUUAUGAAGGAUAUAGCUGCACAUACUAGAGUGAACCCAAUGCAGAGGCAAGAAGCUAUGAAGAAGUUUGUCAUGAGUAUUAAUUCAACACCAGAGGCAUUGGAACAACUUACUGCCUGGAAUUUACGACUGGACACAUCAACACUGAUGACAGAGGGCCGGCAGUUUCCCCCUGAGAAGAUCAUCUAUGGUAACACCACAGGGUCAGCUGGUGACCAGGCGGACUGGGGGCGGGAUGCCACCAGAGAGAAGGUCAUCAGUGCUGUCAACCUGAACAACUGGAUGGUGUUCUUCACCCAGCGAGACAGUGGCAAGGCCAAUGACUUUGUUCAGACCAUGAACAAGUGCGCUCCAGCUAUGGGCAUCCAGGUAAACCAACCUAAGAUGAACCAACUGCGAGAUGACAGGACAGAGACCUACCUAAGGAGCAUCCGUGAAAACCUUCACCCUCAAGUUCAGGUUGUGGUUGUCAUAUUCCCUACGUCCAGGGAUGACCGUUAUGCUGCUGUUAAGAAGUUGUGCUGUGUGGAGAGCCCUGUGCCAUCACAGGUGAUCAUUUCCAAGACCAUUUCUAACCCCACUAAGCUGCGCAGUGUGGUCCAGAAGAUUGCCCUGCAGAUCAACGUCAAGUUGGGUGGAGAACUCUGGGCACUUGACAUACCAUCUAGAAGCCUGAUGGUAUGUGGUAUUGAUGUCUACCAUGACAAGGCCCGUGGAGGGAGGUCUGUUGGUGGCCUGGUCUGUAGCAUGAACAGGUCUCUCACCCGCUGGUACUCAGAUGUUUGCUUCCAGUCCCCAGGCCAGGAGCUGAUUGAUGGACUCAAGAUGCUCCUUAUCAAGGGCAUCAGGAAGUGGCAUGAUGUAAAUAAUGCGUUGCCUGAGAGGAUCAUCGUGUACAGGGAUGGCGUGGGUGACGGUCAACUCAAAGUAGUUGCAGGCUAUGAGGUACAACAAUUUGAGGAGUGCUUUGCCUCGUUUGGUGAAUCUUACAAACCCAAGCUGGCUGUAUUGGUUGUACAAAAGAGAAUCAACACUCGCAUCUUCAGUGCAGAGGGUCGUGGCCCACAGCCCAGACUUGGUAACCCUGGUCCUGGCUCAGUUUUGGAUCACACCGUCACUAGGAAGGACUGGAAUGACUUCUUCCUGGUCAGCCAGCAUGUGCGCCAAGGAACUGUCACACCCACUCACUAUGUUGUUGUGUACGAUACCUCCAACUGGAAACCUGAUAUCAUGCAGAAAUUGUCCUACAAAUUGACGCAUCUGUAUUAUAAUUGGCCUGGGACGGUACGAGUUCCCGCCCCCUGUCAGUACGCUCAUAAGUUGGCCUAUCAAGUUGGUCAGAGCAUCCAUGGGCAGCCAAGCCAAGAGCUGUGUGACAGAUUGUUCUUUCUAUAAGUCUUAGUGGCCAUUCGCCAUCCACAACACGCUCUCCGCCAUCCAACAAAGAUUGGUCCAACAUCUCAUGACGUCCAUCAACGUAAAUAUCUAAUGACGUCACGCUUUGUGAUUGGUGCAUCAGCCUGAUGUCAUGCCGUUACUGUUAGGAGACAAUGAUCAAAUGUUUAGAUAUCGUUGGGUUGCAGAAUUUUCCAAGAAUAUCAAGUUAUCUAUUGCCUGUCGCUUAUAUAAAGGAUUUUUCAACUUUGAUUACAAAUCUUCUCAUUUAGUUUACAGGUACCUCUAUCUUAGUCAUUUUAAGCCCACCGAGGUACUACCUCUGACUCCUAGCCUAAUCGUCCAUGAUUGGGUGAAUCGGGUUCAUUGCCAAGUACAGUACAAAACGAUCUGGCAUUUUUAUGCAAAACCUUUUCGAUUUUUUUAACGUUUUCAACAGUUACCCAAUUUCCUAAAGAUUCUAUGGUAAAAGCCUGCGUCUACAUUAAUAACGAGUCGCCAGAUUAUUUAAAUAAAUUAUUUUAUCGCAUUUUUUCAUGUUUUAACCUCAUCUUAAACACGAGGUUCCGCUAUAAAAGGGAAAGCACCUUCCCAGCCCCGGGAUCGAAUUUGCAAGUAUAAUCAGAACACGGCCAAGCUAGCGGUCACAAAUUAUAUGUCUCUUGUAAAAUUGCUUAUCUCAGAGCCUCUGUCGGCUGGAAUAAAACUUUUUGCACAGGUAACAAGGGAGUUGUGUUAGAGAGAUUUAUAAAUUAGUAAUUUGCUCUCCACCCACGUUUUCGGUGCAAAAUUUUAAAUUUCGCGCUACCAUUGUCUAGCGCAUCUGCAUAAAUUACUCUCGCGCUGUUAUGAAGAUGCUCAUAUUUUAGAGCGCACACAGCUUGGUAUAUCAUUAUUUUACUAUAAAUAUAACCAUUUUCGGUGGACAACUUUAGGAAUGAUAUUUAAUUUGGUUUAUAAUAUGAAAUUUGAAUUUAGCGCUCAGAGCAAUUGUCCUGACAUGUUGACUCAUUGACGGCUGAUUGAUAACUGAUUGUUCUUGAGCCCGGGGGUGGGAGGAGCUUUCCCUUUUAUAGCGGAACCUCGUGUUUAAUCUUGUCAUAAGCCAAAAUCACGAACAGAAUCAUGAAUAUUUCAGCCAUGAACUCACACAACGAAAAAAACCUUUUGAUUUUGUAAAUAUAGUUUUUCGUCCCUCCAAUCACGAAACAUAUUUACUCUGAUCUUGAUCACAGGAUAUUUUAUUCAUUCAAGUUUUUAGACCGACACCUUAAUUAGGCCAAUUAUUCUUGAGACAAUACGACAUGGACCGUAAUCGAAACAGCUUUGUGAAAAAUUGGGGAAAAUGGCUAUUGUACCUACUCCUAGAGUGUAGUUUGUCUACAAGUAUGUUGCUAUGUCUAUAAUAAUAUAAUGCUGUGUUUUCGUUCACAGUUCGAGAAAGUUUUUUUUUUGCCUGUUAUAUAAUUGUUUUCUUGUGCUUAUACAAAUUGUCUCUAGGUAUACUGUUGUGAACAACAAAGUGUACGUCAAUCCUUAAGCACUCAAAACAGAUCUGAUCAGGGUGAAUAUGUUUCGUUUUUUUUUUUUUCGUUUUUUUUUUUUUUUUUUGCGUGGAUGUUUUUAGUACACUUUCAUCUCGGGGCUUAAAAUGUUUGCGACUCACUCGAAGCUUUACACCUGAUGUAGGGACUUUAAAGGUAUUGUAUGAAGUUUUUUUCAUGUAGUACUUAUUUUUAUAUCACUAGCAAGUACACAUAAUUUCAAUCCUACCCCAGCCUAACCUUUAUGUUGUGGAGUAUUAUGAUUAAGAGAAAAUGUAUAUUUUACAAUUCAGUUAGGUAUUUAUGGUAUCCAUAUAGUAAUGAAAAUUCCCAGUGUGGAUCUUCAAGAGUUGGGCAAGUGAUCCAAGUCUAGGCGGGCUAAGCCGUACGUGAAUUAGGCUAAGUCUGGGUGGUCACGCCACGUACGUGAAUUAGGCUAAUUCUGGGUGGUCAUGCCCCGUACGUGAAUUAGUCUAAGUCUGGGUGGUCACGCCCCGUACGUGAAUUAGGCUAAGUCUGGGUGGUCACGCCACGUACGUGAAUUAGGCUAAUUCUGGUUGGUCACGCCCCGUACGUGAAUUAGGCUAAGUCUUGGUGGUCAUGACCCGUACGUGAAUUAGGCUAAGUCUGGGUGGUCAUGCCCCGUGCGUGAAUUAGGCUAAGUCUGGGUGGUCACGCCCCGUCCGUGAAUUAGGCUAAGUCUGGGUGGUCACGCCCCGUACGUAAAUUAGGCUAAGUCUGGGUGGUCACGCUCCGUACGCACCUAGGCCACGUUUUUUUAAGCCCAAAUGAUUAUAAAUGGGUUAGGAAUUCAUCAAGACAUUAAUAGAACAUCUAAGGACGUUUCAAGAGAUUACUACAGAACAAGGCUUGUGAAUGAUCAAUGCAAUGAAUCAAGUUUUACCGUGAAUGAUAUGUUUGAAUAGUUAUGAAUUUAGUGUUAUGUUGAUUAAAAAGAAUUUGUUGAUUAUA